UCAGCAGGUGGUGUAAGCCAUGCAUGCCGGGUAUGCUUCGCGUUUCUGAUAUGGAGAGUAAGAUUCUCACAGCUCCACAGGCGAUCAGUGCUGUGUACAGGGAGUACAGCCAGUUCCCCUCCCCAUUGAGGGCCAGCAUAGAACCAGGAGUGCCAUCAGUCCAGGGUGGUAGAUACAUUAACAUCAACACAGAAUGGAGCCAGGGUGUUGUGGAGAGAGGCGAGUUGGUCCGGUUCUGUCGACGGCACACCCUGCUGUGUGAAGAGAAGUCAGUGCUGCACUCAGUCUCUCCAGGGCAUUGCACCGAGACAAAGAGAGAGUUGCUUAGCAGCCAGUCCCCUUCUGGAACUCUGAAAGCUGUCGUGAGGGAAAUCGGUCACCAAGGGGAGGAGAAACAGUUCCUGGAGAUAUGGAGCAGGAACGGCUUGAAGAGAAGCACUGACCUGACCCAUCUAAAAAUUCAUGGCAAGGUGUAUGAAGAAGGUCAGUUCGGGGUGCUUGCCUGGUCGCACUCCAAGUGCAGUCUUCUCUACGUGGCUGAGAGGCAGCAGAAGACAACAGAGUCCUUCUUUCGAGCCUGCGGGACGAUCAAUGAGAACGAAGGGGCGUGGCCAGAGGGGAACAAGGAGAAAAAAGCUGGAGCAGAUGAAGAAAUGCAGAAGGGGGAUAAGCCCGAGUACAGUGAAGACUGGGGAGAGGGGCUCUCCAGCAAACGGGUCCCAGUUCUGUGUGUUGCUGACACAGAGAAGAGCAGCAUCUCUGUUUUGCAGGGGGUCCCAGGGCAUGUGUCACCUGGGCAGCCUUUCUGGGCCCCGGGCGACAGUGGGGUUGGGUUUGUAGGGUGGUGGCACGAGCCUUUCCGACUCGGACUGAAGUUCUGUUACAACAGGAGGUCUGCAUUGUUUUAUGUUGACCUGCAAAAAAGCAAAUGUGAGCUGCUGUCCUCAGAUGCUUGCUCUGUCUCGUCCCCUCGACUCAGCCCUGACCAACGCUACAUUGUCUAUCUUGAGCAGGAUGUCUUCGGGCCCCACAGCCAGUGUCAGCGCCUCCUGCUGUACGAUUGGCAAUCUAAGGAGACCUCCAUGCUGGUGGAUAUUGUGAAGCGACCCAAGGCAGAUGAAUUUGCCGGGCUGUACGGCUUUGCUUUGCCUAAACGUUGCUGGUCUGAAGACAGUCAGAGAGUCCUCUUUACCGCUCCCAGAAGAAGCAGGAAGGAAAUCUUUGCGGUGGAUAUAAAUACAAGAAGUGUGACACCUCUAACUACCAACUCUGAUUUUGAGAGCUGGACACUGCUGACCGUUGAGCAGGAUCUGAUGGUGGUCAGCUGUUCAUCCCUUAACUGCCCACCUUGCCUGAAAGUGGGGUUCCUCCCCUCCGCGGGGUCAGAAUCGGGGGUUUCCUGGGUGGCCCUGGACGAAGCUCAGCCGAUCCCAGACCUCGAGUGGAAGGUCCUGGACAUCACCCCCCCACCUGAAGAGGAGAACAGGGACUACCCUGGUCUGGAUUUCGAUGCCCUGCUGUUAAAACCCAGGAAGGUGAAGCCGGGAGAGCAAGUGCCCUUGAUUGUACAGGCACACGGUGGACCCCACUCAGUGUUUGUGGCAGAGUGGCAGAUGUUAUCUGCGGUCUUUGUUCGGACGGGAUUCGCAGUGCUGCUGGUGAAUUAUCGAGGCUCUACUGGGUUCGGCCAGGACAGCAUUAUGUCCUUGAUUGGGAACGUAGGGAGCCAGGAUGUGAAGGACAUGCAGAGAGCCGUCCUGACCCUGCUGCAGAGCGAUGCGACCCUCGACCCCGAGCGAGUGAGCGUGUUGGGCGGAUCCCAUGGAGGAUUCCUGGCCUGCCACCUAAUUGGUCAGCACCCUGAUUUCUACCGCGCCUGUGCCAUGAGGAACCCUGUCAUCAACUACGCCACACUGCUGGGGACCAGUGACAUUCCAGACUGGAGGUACACCGCAGUGGGACUGGACUAUUCGUUUGGCCGGCUGCCCACUGCAGAAGCCCUGGCCACCAUGCUGAAUUGCUCACCCAUCAUCCAUGCAGAGCAGAUAAAGACGCCUGUGCUGCUCAUGCUGGGAGGAAAAGACAAGAGGGUCUCCCCACAUCAGGGAAUAGAGCUGUACCGGGCACUGAAGAGCAGGAGCGCCCCCAUCAGGUUGCUGUGGUACCCAGGAGAUGGCCACUCCCUCUCCAAGGUGGACACAGUGUCUGAUUGCUUCAUGAACACAGUCCUCUGGUUCCUGCAGCAUCUCAAACACUGAACAAGUUUAAAAAGUGGCAUUCUGGGUUCUUCCUUCAUAGAACGGACUCCCAGACAACUCCUUGUGUAUGAACGAUGUAAAAGUGGUAACAGUGGAAUAUUAAUAAGGGGGAGGUUAAAGGAUGGCAGUUUUAAAUAAACCCUGGUGAA